AUGCUGAGAUUAAGAUCUACAUUCAAUUAUAUUAGUACAAUUACCAUCAAAGUAAAACGGUUAUCAUACCGUAAUAUUCAUACCUCUUCUUCACCAAUUGCAUUUGCAUUUGAUAUUGAUGGUGUAUUGGUGCGUAGUCGCAAUCCAAUUCCCAAUGCUUCGAAAACUUUAAAUUAUUUGACAAAAGAGAAUGUUCCGUUUAUAUUGUUAACCAACGGUGGUGGAUAUACAGAAACGCAAAGGGUAGAACAGAUUAAUUCUAUUUUAAAUACCAAGUUACAUCCCAAUCAGAUAGUUUUAAGCCAUACUCCAUUCAAGAGUAUAUCGUCCGAUUAUGAAAAAAUUUUGGCGGUUGGACCACCAGUAUCUACUAAACAAGUUGCUCGUGAAUACGGGUUUAAAGAAGUUUAUGAAGUUGGCGACAUUGUUGAAUAUAAUCGUAACAUUGCCCCUUUUUCUGCAUUGAGUAACAAGGUUUUCAAUCCAACACUAAAGAGAUAUUAUACAGAUAAUAAUGCCGAUACUUUGCUAGACUUAACAACUAAACCGUUUGACGGUAUAUUUGUUUUUUCCGAUCCAAGAGAUUGGGGUGCAGAUGUACAGAUUGUAUUGGAUUUGUUAAACAGCGAGAAAGGGAUAUUAAACACUAAAAGAAACUAUAAAAGUGACAAACCAUCAAUACCAAUUUUUUUUUCUCAAAAAGAUUUUUUAUGGGCCAAUAAUUAUACUUUAAACAGAUUUGGUUUGGGUGCCUAUAGGGAAAUUAUUCAUAGACUUUAUACAUUAAUGAAUAAUAAUGCAGUUUUAAAAGACACUGUUAUGGGGAAACCCACUUCAAUUAGUUACGAAUACGCAAUGCAUGUGUUAAAUAGGUUACAUCGAGUGAAGCAUAAUGGAAAAUCCCAUCCAGAAGACUGUGACAAUUUUGAAAUUAACCCACAAACCGUAUCAAAUAAUACUAUGGCAAAAAAUAAUGUUUUUUCAAAGGUAUAUAUGGUGGGGGACAAUCCUGCAAGUGAUAUUAUCGGUGCUUAUAAUUACGGAUGGUCCAGCUGUUUAGUUAGAACAGGUGUUUAUAAAGAUGGCGAUCCGUUACCUUGUCAACCUACAAUGAUUGUAGAUGAUGUUUGGCAAGCUGUUCAACAGGCUCUAAGAAAGGAGGGGAAAUAA